UCCACUGUCUCCCUUCCCUCCUCCUCACCCCCUUGCCUGCCCCUCAACCCCGGCAGGGCGCAGGUGUCCAACCCAACCGGGACCCCCUCCUCGAACCCAGGUGUUCCUACUCCCAGACCCCAAUUGAGCCGGGGGCGCCCACCCGCCGGGGGACCCCGCCCUGCGUCCCCCAUUCAUCCGAGUCUCAGCCGCGGGAGUUUUUCAAUGGGAAGAGGGCGGAGCUCUCGGGGGGGGCGGACCCGGGCGGGGCGAGCGGGAUCCGGCCCUCUUGGGGUCUCCCAGAGACCCAGGGCGCGGAACUGGCAGGCGUUUCAGAGCGUCAGAGGCUGCGGAUGAGCAGACUUGGAGGACUCCAGGCCAAAGACACGGGUUCUCUAGGCUGGGGCGAAGAGUCGAGCGUGAAGGGGGCUCCGGGCCAGGGUGACAGAAGGCGUGCUUGCGAGGAAGAAGUUGACGGGAAGGCCCGUGCGACGGCAAAUCUCGUGAACCUUGGGGGACAAACGCUCAGGAUGCGGGUCCCCGCCCUCCUCGUCCUCCUCUUCUGCUUCAGAGGGAGCGCAGGCCCGUCGCCCCAUUUCCUGCAACAGCCAGAGGACCUAGUGGUGCUGCUGGGGGAGGAAGCCCGGCUGCCGUGUGCUCUGGGCGCCUACUGGGGGCUAGUUCAGUGGACUAAGAGUGGGCUGGCCCUAGGCGGCCAAAGGGACCUGCCAGGGUGGUCCCGGUACUGGAUAUCAGGGAAUGCAGCCAAUGGCCAGCAUGACCUCCACAUUAGGCCCGUGGAACUAGAGGAUGAAGCAUCAUAUGAAUGUCAGGCUACACAAGCAGGCCUCCGCUCGAGACCAGCCCAACUGCACGUGCUGGUCGCCCCAGAAGCCCCCCAGGUGCUGGGCGGCCCCUCUGUGUCUCUGGUUGUUGGAGUUCCUGCGAAUCUGACAUGUCGGAGCCGUGGGGAUGCCCGCCCUACCCCUGAAUUGCUGUGGUUCCGAGAUGGGGUCCGGUUGGAUGGAACCACCUUCCAUCAGACCGUGCUGAAGGAAGGGACCCCUGGGUCAGUGGAGAACACCUUAACCCUGACCCCUUUCAGCCAUGACGAUGGAGCCACCUUGGUCUGCCGGGCCCGGAGCCAGGCCCUGCCUGCGGGAAGGGACACAGCUAUCACAUUGAGCCUGCAGUACCCCCCAGAGGUGACUCUGUCUGCUUCGCCACACACUGUGCAGGAGGGAGAGAAGGUCAUUUUCUUGUGCCAGGCCACAGCCCAGCCUCCUGUCACAGGCUACAGGUGGGCAAAAGGGGGCUCCCCGGUGCUCGGGGCCCGCGGGCCAAGGUUGGAGGUGGUGGCAGACGCCUCGUUCCUGACUGAGCCCGUGUCCUGCGAGGUCAGCAACGCCGUGGGUAGCGCCAACCGCAGUACUGCGCUGGAUGUGCUGUUUGGGCCGAUUCUGCAGGCAAAGCCGGAGCCCGUGUCCGUGGACGUGGGGGAAGACGCCUCCUUCAGCUGCGCCUGGCGCGGGAACCCGCUUCCACGGGUAACCUGGACCCGCCGCGGUGGCGCGCAGGUGCUGGGCUCUGGAGCCACACUGCGACUUCCGUCGGUGAGGCCCGAGGACGCAGGCGACUAUGUGUGCAGGGCUGAGCCUGGGCUCUCGGGCCUGGGGGGCGGCGCCGCGGAGGCUCGGCUGACUGUGAACGCUCCCCCAGUAGUGACCGCCCUGCACUCUGCGCCUGCCUUCCUGAGGGGCCCUGCUCGCCUCCAGUGUCUGGUUUUCGCCUCUCCCGCCCCAGAUGCCGUGGUCUGGUCUUGGGAUGAGGGCUUCCUGGAGGUGGGGUCGCAGGGCCGGUUCCUAGUGGAGACAUUCCCUGCCCCGGAGAGCCGCGGAGGACAGAAUCCGGGCCUGAUCUCUGUGCUACACAUUUCUGGGACCCAGGAGUCUGACUUUAGCAGGAGCUUUAACUGCAGUGCCCGGAACCGGCUGGGCGAGGGAGGUGCCCGGGCCAGCCUGGGCCGUAGAGACUUGCUGCCCACGGUGCGGAUAGUGGCCGGAGUGGCCGCUGCCACCACGACUCUCCUUAUGGUCAUCACUGGGGUGGCCCUCUGCUGCUGGCGCCACAGCAAGGCCUCAGCCUCUUUCUCCGAGCAAAAGAACCUGAUGCGAAUCCCUGGCAGCAGCGACGGCUCCAGUUCGCGAGGUCCUGAAGAAGAGGAGACAGGCAGCCGUGAGGAGCGGGGCCCCGUUGUGCACACUGACCACAGUGAUCUGGUUCUGGAGGAGGAAGGGACUCUGGAUACCAGGGACCCAACCAACGGUUACUACAAGGUCCGAGGAGUCAGUGUGAGCCUGAGCCUUGGCGAAGCCCCUGGAGGAGGCCUCUUCCUGCCACCACCCUCCCCCCUUGGGCCCCCAGGGACCCCUACCUUCUAUGACUUCAACCCACACCUGGGCAUGGUCCCCCCCUGCAGACUUUACAGAGCUGGGGCAGGCUAUCUCACCACACCCCACCCUCGAGCUUUCACCAGCUACAUCAAACCCACAUCUUUUGGGCCCCCAGAUCUGGCCCCUGGGACUCCCCACUUCCCAUAUGCUGCCUUCCACACACCUAGCCACCCGCGUCUCCAGACUCAUGUGUGACAUCUCUCCAAUGGAAGAGUCCUGGGAUCUCCAACUUGCCAUAAUGGAUUGUUCUGAUUUCUGAGGAGCCAGGACAAGUUGGCGACCUUACUCCUCCAAAACUGAACACUAGGGGAGGGUAAGAUCAUUACAUUUGUCAUAAGCAUUUGUAUAGAGUCAGCUCAGCCAAAGGGGAUGCCCCAAGUGGGAGCAACAUGGCCACCCAAUAUGCCCACCUAUUCCCCGGUGUAAAAGAGAUUCAAGAUAGCAGGUAGGCCCUUUGAGAAGAGAUGGGGACAGGGCAGCGGAUGUUGGGAGUCUGGGGCCAGGAUGGAAGUUGUUUCUAGCCACUGAAAGAAGAUAUUUCAAGAUGACCAUCUGCAUUGAGAAGAAAGGUAGCAUAGGAUAGAUGAAGAUUAAGAGCAUACCAGGCCCCACCCUGGCUCUCCCUAAGGGGAACUUUGCUCGGCCAAUGGAAAUGCAGCCAAGAUGGCCAUAUACUCCCUAGGAACCCAAGAUGGCCAUCAUCUUGAUUUCACUUUCCUUAAAGACUCAGAAAGACUUGGACCCAAGGAGUGGGGAUAUGGUGAGAAUUACCACUGUCGGGGCAAAGGGGAAUCUUGGGAUAGAAAUAUUUAUGUUUAAUAAUAAAAAAAGGUCAAAGAGGCAA